UUUAUUGGUCUGAUUUUCGGGGAAGCCUGGGUUCCCUUGGCAUUCACACGCCACCUCCUUUCCUGUUAGGGAGACAACAAGAGUUUAAUCAACUCUCUGUCUCUGUCUCUAUCUGUGUGCUACAUAAUCCACUAACACUGGUCUCUGUGUAACAUGUGUUGGUUGUAGUCUCUCUAUCUCACACUAACACUCUCUAUAUAUAGCUCUCUCUAUCUCACAAUAACAAUCUCUAUCUCUCUCUCUCUAUAUGUAUAUCUGUCUAACAGAAACCUUCCCCUGGCCAUUAUCAUUGGUAUUCCCUUGGUGUCUGUGUGCUAUGUGCUGGUCAACAUUGCCUACUUCAGCGCCAUGACCGCUACGGAACUGCUGCAGUCUCCCGCUGUUGCUGUGACUUUUGGUGACAGAGUGCUGUACCCCCUGUCGUGGGUCGUCCCUGUGUUUGUCGUCUUCUCCACCUUCGGAGCGGCCAAUGGGAGCUGCUUCACAGCCGGCAGGUUGACCUAUGUGGCAGGAAGAGAGGGUCACAUGGUAAAGAUCUUGUCCUAUAUCAGUCUGAAGCGUUACACUCCUUCCCCUGCCCUCAUCUUCAAUGGCAUUCUGGCCGUAUUCUACAUUAUCCCAGCAGACAUCAACACCCUGAUCAACUACUUCAGUUUCACCCAGUGGUCUUUCUACGGCCUCACAGCUCUCGCUCUCAUCGUCAUGCGCUUCACCAGGAAGGAACUCAAGAGGCCCGUCAAGUGUCCCAUUCCCAUAGCAGUGCUGGUGAUGAUAGUGUCCUGCUACCUGGUCCUAGCACCGAUCAUAGACAAGCCAGAGCUGGAGUAUCUGUACUGUACCAUCUUCAUCCUCAGCGGUCUGCUGCUCUACUUCCCCUUCGUUCACCGCAGGUUCAGCUGGACACGCAGGGUCGAGGCCAAUCACCAUGCCCUCCAGCUGCUGAUGGAGGUCGUUCCUCCUGAGAAAAACGAAUAG